AUGGGUAAACGGCGCCGCUCAUGCUCCUUGUCAAGCACGAGGGACGCAAGUAACAACAACACCAACACCAACAAUCUGGACGGUGAGGCACUUGACGCUUCCUGUGACGAGGGUGAGACACUGUGCGAAUCAACGCAGCCGUUGGGUGUGUUCCUCUGGAGGCGGGUAAAUAUGGUGUUGUACACCAGCAUGCUAAAGCAAUUGCAUUAUACCUGCGGUGUUGUUGCAAUUGAGCGGUCGUGGGAUACGCGCCGAGUCAUUAUUCAUGACUUGAAUUUGCGUCUUGUAGCGUUUUGGGAGGCGGAGACAGCUACGUUGGCUGCCACAGAGCGAGAGAGGCUCAGCGGGGUCUUUCAUUCUCACCUAAAUGCCAUGAUAGAGCGCUUCUCAUCAUUGGCUGUCACAGACAUGCGGGGUGGUGAUCUUUGUCGUGCUUUUCUUCAAGCACUUGACGUGUUUGGCUUCCCUGAGGAGGAGAACAUGGAAGAGGCGUUGCUAGUGUCCGCCAUGCGAAAGAGCGCCGAUCCGCACGCGUAUUCGUACCACAAGCGGACAUCGCAUAAGCUUGGCGUUUUGCCGCGUUACGACGGAGAUCGGCGAACGGAAGACCAACACCGCCUGCCGCGGUUGGGUCGUGUUGUGCAGCUCCCUUCUCCCCACCCCCACUCUGAGGUCAACACGGAGAUUCAGUUGAUUGAGCCAAAGAAGCGUCGUCCUCCACUCGACGAAAAUCGCAUCUUUUUGCAUCCCAAAAAGGCGACCUCUUCUGGAAUGGAAGACAUCCUCGUGGACGAGGAGCUGCGCUACCGCGCCCUUGUAGUACUCGGGCGUCACCUUGAUACCUUCGCCUCACUUCAACAUUUGUCACCCUUCGUCCGGUUUUUGCUGUGGGACACACUUGGGCGAGACGACGAGGUGUUUGAGCGACUAACUGCGUCUCCCACCGAUAAUGAGGAGUUGCUUGCGUGGCAGCAAGAUCACUUGGAGUCACUGCGUCGUCUUGUGGCAGAGAAGCGUGCCGUUUUUGAUGUCACCCGGGCUGCAGCUCGGGAAACGGCAUUGCGCAUUGGAUGGUGUGCUGUAAGCGCUCACUGGCGCGACCAGGUGCUGCGCACGGUGGAGGUGAGUGAGGAUGCGGAUUGGUUUCUUCUUCGUGCUACAGCGAAAACAGGUUCAAAAGCGAUUUUUCCCAAUUAUGCCCUUUCCACAGUUAUAAAAGAUAUCGCUCUCAAGGCGCUGCGGCGAGUGCGUGAUGGCCACGUGGAUUGUGGUGUGGAGGAUGCCGUGGAGUGCUACAGAGUGAUCACAGAUGUGUUGUUUCCACUGCUUGAGGGGACGGCACCUUGCUUGCCUGGGUUUGAAGCCAGCCGUAGCCCCACGACUACUGCAGUCAGUGAAGAUGAAAAUUGCGGUGCAGGUGAGCCGCAGUCACAGCAAGCGGAGGAGGCAGAGGAAGAGGGAGAUGAAGAGUUGAAGAAGCGCGUGGCUGCCCUCAUGGUAGAGAGAACAGGGUCCGUGUGCAGUGACGCUGAGGUCGCGCGUGGGGUGCGAUGGUGCUUGGACUGUGAAUCGUUGCUCCCGCGCAAAGGAUCGACGUGCGCCUUUGUGAGUGACAUGUUUGUGUGGCCAUUGCAGUGCCUAGCGUCUCUUUUGGAACUUAUAGCUGUGACGCGCCACUCGGUGGAUGGAAUUAAAAAAUUUGCUGCCUCCUUCCUUCCGUCCAACUGGGGCGAUCAGGAGUCUGUGUUGGAGUUUCUCCUGCGACGCGAGCCUACAAAUAUCCCGCUUGCGUCUCUUGUUGGGUUUCCACGUCUGGUACGCGACGUGUUUGUCUCAGCGCAGUGGUUGCGGAAUGACAAAUACUGUAGUGUUGUGGUGGAGUGUCGUCGACAGGCCUGCGCCCUGCCAUCGGGCGCGGCGGCGAGCAACUUCAUACAGUGGCGAGCUCUCGCAACGAUGCUUAGUCGGCUUAACUAUAGCGAGGACGUGUUUGCGGUCACCGUGCAUGAGAUGCCGCCGGAUGCGGCGGAGCAGGGAAAACUGUGGACCGUCGCGGAGCUGGAAUGCACACCCAAGACGUGGGUUGAAGGUCUUGCGCUGAUGCUGACUGCAGCUGCAGCUCCUGACGAGUCCUCAACCUGA